AUGGGAAACGGACAGUCAAAUUUAAGUGAUAAAGAAAAGACGGCAGCGAUUAUAGGAGGAGCCGUGGUAGGAGGAAUAAUAAUUGGAGUAACUGCUGGUUUAGCAACACCGCUUGUUGCAGCAGCGGGCAAGGCUGGCAUCGACUAUGUUAGUAAUAGUGGAGAAAGUAGUUCCAACUCUCCUGCCCCUAUGCAAACAAGGAUGAACACAUCAUCGGGAAUUAAGUCGCCUGGUGUUCCAACAGCAACCGAUGGUUUUGUAGCACCAAGAAAUUGGAACGGAGAGAUGGUAAAAAGUCCUAAUGGGUUUGGUCGGGGAUAUAAAGAUGUAAAAGGAAAUGUUUGGGUUCCUAGUGGCAAUUUUGGACACGGCGGAGCUAAUUGGGAAGUUCAACGUCCUAAUGGAGACCAUUAUCAUGUUUAUCCAGGAGGAAGAACAAGGCACCAUUAG